AUUUGGUAUAACUUACCAUAUAUGGUAAAAUUCCAAGAUUCAAGUUCUCUACUGACUGAUAUUUCUGAGAAAGGAGAAGAUCCAUCUUGUAUUUUUCUCACUUUAAAUCAUUUUUCUAGCGAUCAACAUCAUCAAGAAAUGAAUUCCACAUCGCAAAAACACGAGAAUUUCGUUAGUGAGCCUAUGCGCGAGAAGCCAGUGACAGAGCUAGCAGGGAUCGGUGAAGUACUUGGAGGCAAGCUUAAAGACAAGGGCUUUGAUUAUGCAUAUGAGGUACUUGCACAGUUCUUGAAGUUGAAGAAAGAUGAAGAGCAGUUCAGGAAAUGGUUGGAAGAUUUGGUGAACGCAAAUAAGAAGCAAAGCUCAGAUUGUUAUACUUGCUUAAAGGAAUGGUGUAUUGCUCACCUGUAAAAGUCAAAACAGUCGGAAUAAAGUAUUAUAUAGUAAAAGAAAUUUAGCUCACACCAAGCUUAUAAAAUCUUUGACAUUUUUAUCUAGUUUACGAUUUCAAGUGUAAAAAUAUCGAUCCCUCCUCAAAUGUUGAAUAUCAUUUAAUAUUGAAGUGGCAUCUCUAGGAAAAAUAAUACAGAAUUGCAAAGUGUAUUCAUAUUAUGGUUUCUAUAAAUAAAACUGAGUUGUCAUGCCA